CAUCCCACUUCUCCUUGCCCCUUUUGAAUUGUUCCAUCCUUUAGGCUCCUGUCCAUCCUGUCCAUCCCUUCCUCAAGCUCCAUCCCAAUUCAUCAUCCCUUCCUGCAGUAUCUGAGCCUUCCCACUCCCUCCCUCCACCCCCUCCCUGAACUGCCCUAGGGCUCUCUGCUCUCCUCCCUCCCUCCCUCCUCCUCUUCAUUCCCUCUCCUUCACUUCUCCUCUCCUGUCCCUGGAUCCCUCUUCCUGUGUGCCACCAUGACCGUGAUGGCUGGAGAGAACAUGGAUGAGACUUCUGUGCUACCUGGCCACCCCCAGGAUAGCUACCAGCCUGCUGCUCACGAUGACCAUGAGUGCUGUGAGCGCGUAGUGAUAAACAUUGCUGGACUACGCUUUGAGACACAGCUGAAGACCUUAGCCCAGUUCCCCAACACUCUGCUGGGCAACCCCAAGAAGCGCAUGAGGUACUUUGACCCCUUGCGCAAUGAGUACUUCUUUGACCGGAAUCGGCCCAGCUUUGAUGCCAUCCUCUACUACUACCAGUCGGGGGGGCGGCUUCGCCGGCCGGUCAAUGUGCCCUUGGACAUGUUCUCUGAGGAGAUCAAAUUUUAUGAGCUGGGUGAGGAGGCAAUGGAGAAGUUCCGGGAAGAUGAAGGAUUCAUCAAAGAUGAGGAGAGACCCUUGCCGGAAGGGGAGUACCAGCGCCAAGUAUGGCUCCUCUUUGAAUACCCAGAAAGCUCUGGGCCUGCAAGGGUCAUUGCAAUAGUCUCUGUCAUGGUGAUCCUCAUCUCCAUCGUGAUCUUCUGCCUAGAGACAUUACCCGAGCUGAAGGAGGACAAGGAGUAUACAGUGCAUCGCACUGACAACACCACCCAGGUCUACAAAUCCAACAUUUUCACAGACCCCUUCUUUGUCGUGGAGACCCUGUGCAUCAUCUGGUUCUCCUUUGAGCUGGUGGUGCGCUUCUUUGCUUGCCCCAGCAAGACUGAUUUUUUCAAGAAUAUAAUGAACUUCAUUGACAUUGUGGCCAUCAUCCCUUACUUCAUCACCCUGGGCACCGAGAUGGCUGAGCGGGAGGGGACUCAGAAAGGAGAGCAGGCCACCUCCUUGGCCAUCCUGAGAGUCAUCAGACUGGUAAGAGUAUUUCGAAUCUUCAAACUCUCCCGGCACUCUAAGGGCCUCCAGAUUUUGGGACAGACCCUCAAAGCAAGUAUGAGAGAGCUAGGUUUAUUAAUCUUCUUCCUCUUCAUUGGGGUGAUCUUGUUCUCUAGUGCGGUGUAUUUUGCUGAGGCUGAAGAACCUGAGUCUCAUUUCACAAGUAUCCCUGAUGCUUUCUGGUGGGCGGUGGUAUCCAUGACCACUGUGGGCUAUGGUGACAUGUACCCUGUGACAAUUGGAGGCAAAAUCGUAGGCUCCUUGUGUGCCAUCGCUGGUGUGCUGACAAUUGCCCUGCCUGUACCUGUCAUCGUGUCCAACUUCAACUACUUCUACCACCGAGAAACAGAAGGGGAAGAACAGGCUCAGUUGCUUCACGUUAGCUCCCCUAAUUUAGCAUCUGACAGUGAUCUCAGUCGCCGCAGCUCCUCCACAAUCAGCAAAUCUGAGUACAUGGAAAUCGAAGAGGAUAUGAAUAAUAGCAUAGACAAUUUUAGAGAGGCUAAUCUCAGAACUGGCAACUGCACUGUAGCCAACCAAAACUGCGUUAAUAAAAGCAAGCUGCUGACUGAUGUGUAAACAAACAAACAAACAGACACCAACCACAAUCCCCACUCACAGCUUGAAGAAUUUAGUGACACAGUCACACUUGGUAGAUGCUUUACUGAUAGUCUCUGAAUGCUUUAUUUACCUCGUAAAUGCAUUGUUGCAUUGCGAAUGGUUGUUUGUUUGUUUUGAUUUGGGUUUUCUUUUUUGGCUCAGUGAUAAGCUUCCAGGACCCAUGAAAGAUAGAAGAUUUUGUUUGUUUGUUUGUUUGUUUAUUUUUUAAAAGGCCUUUUCCACCUGAGCAGUGAUAACCAUUUGAAACUAAUUUAGCUUUAAACUAUGUGAUGCUAAGACCUAAACUUUUUCCUCUCCCGUGUCCCUUUUAUUUUGUUCAUUUUUCUUUGUUUGUUUGGUUUUGGAUGGAGUUAACUUUUUCCUCUCCUGUGUCCCUUUUAUUUUGUUCGUUUUCGGUUGGUUGAUUGGUUUUGGAUGGAGUUAACUUUUUCCUCUCCCAUGCCCCUUUUAUUUUGUUCAUUUUUGUUUGGUUGGUUGGUUUUGGAUGGAGUUAACUUUUUCCUCCCCUGUGUCCUUUUCAUUUUGUUCAUUUUUGUUUGUUUGGUUGGUUUUGGAUGGAGUUAACUUUUUCCUCCCCUGUGUCUUUUUUCUUUUGUUAAUUCUUUUGGUUGGUUUGUUUGUUUUUGGAUGGAGUUAACUUUUUCCUCUCCCAUGUCCCUUUUAUUUUGUUCAUUUUUGUUUGAUUGGUUGGUUUUGGAUGGAGUUGAACUAAGCAAAGACACUUUUUAGAGCUGCAAAGCAUAUGCAUGGAUUGCAGUACAAAUGCUCUGCAAAACUGCACAGUUGCAGGAAAGUGCAUCAAAUAAUAAUCAUAAUCAUAAUAAUUAAAGAAAAAAAAAGAUUGGCAAAAACCUGCAGCAAGCCUGUGCCAUGGUUUUUAUGAAGCAAAUUUUCCUUCUACCCUCAAAGUGACAGGUUCCAUACUUCCAACCUACAGAUCCACACAGCACCUUAUUAUUCCAAACAUACUUUAGCCUGCUCUCUUUUGCUCUCCAUAGAAGAACUAUUCUAAAAGGAAAAGAGCAAACAAACCGAAGACAAAACAUCUGCAGUGCUGCUAAGUUCUCUAACAUGCAGAUGAUCUAAACACACUUUUACUUUUCCUUUAUUUUUUUUUCCUCCCUCUCCUGCCCAGGACUGGAUCCAAAACUUUAAGCCCCUCUGUUGCAAGAUAGCACAAUGGAGUUUAAUAUCAGCAUGUUUGAAUUUGAUACUAUUUAUUUUAUAAUUGCAUGCCUGAAAUGUUACCUCAGACAAUAGCAGAUAAGCUUUCGUUUGAACUGAAUCAUCUAAAAAUAG